UUCCCCGCGUAUCAAUAGUACGAAUCGUAGUGUCGUGAUUUCGGAUGAUAGUGGAGUUUGAUUGAUUGAGUGAUGUGUGAUGAGUGAAAAAGAUGCGACGCGUCAACUAGCACAAAUGGACGCGAGGAGGGCGCGGCAGAAUGACAGUGAAGGCUCACGGCUCCGACCCGGGCACUGAAACCACGAUGAGCACAACGCUGCUGCCGUAUCAUAACAACUCACACUACACGACAUACCUCUACCCUUCAAAAAGGCCACCUGAUGUUAGGAAUACGACAGUGAAACUGGAAGUCAGGGAUGCUAACGCUAGCGGUGAUUUUAUGAGGCUAGUGGAAGACUUUAGUGAUUACUUCUAUGGAAACACGUCCCAUGACUUUAGUACCAACUCGAGCCUAGACUUGGCUGACGUGUAUGGCUAUUCAAACUGUAGUUUUAAUGGUACAUUCAAUAUAUCUUGUUUUAAUAGACAAGUGGAUGAUUCGGAGCAGAAUCUUUGGGCGUUGUUGCUGUUGAUAUUUCCUUUUUUCACGUUGUUUGGGAAUGUGUUAGUGAUUAUGAGUGUAGUGCGCGAGCGGACGCUGCAGACUGUGACGAAUUAUUUUAUAGUGAGUUUGGCCGUGGCGGACCUACUGGUGGCGGUCGUCGUGAUGCCGUUCGGAGUUUAUUACUUGGUAAACGGCUCGUGGGGUCUUCCAGCCUUCGUGUGCGACGUGUACAUCGCGAUGGACGUCACCUCCUCCACCUCCAGUAUAUUCAACCUCGUCGCCAUAUCUGUUGAUAGGUACAUUGCAGUAACGCAGCCAAUAAAAUAUGCAAAGCACAAGAACAACAAACGAGUCUGGUUCACCAUCGUCCUGGUCUGGCUGAUUUCCGCAGCAAUUGGUGCUCCCAUAGUCCUGGGCCUCAAUGACACGCCUGACAGAAACUUCGAUGAGUGCCUCUUCAACAGCCAGAACUACGUCAUCUACUCUUCUUUAGGUUCCUUCUACAUCCCCUGCAUCAUGAUGAUGUUCCUCUAUUAUAAUAUUUUUAAGGCAUUAAGAAACCGUGCAAAAAAGCAGAGAGCAGCAAAAAAGCCGCCAGUAUCUGGUGACCCCAAUACAGGAGCCACCACAGCGGUGGUGAUAGAAAACGUGGCUCAAACGAGAAGGCUGGCAGAGACUGCACUACAUGAUGACAGACCAACUAAUACUGGGUCUGGCAGCAAUGAAGAUGAUCAUGAAGACAGUUUCGACAAGAGGUCAGCGGAUUUGGAGGCAGACGCAGACGAGUGCCACGUGAUCCCGAACGACAAGUCUACCGAGUUCAUGCUGGCUACUGUCACGGAGGAGACAGUCAACACACCAAAAAGAAACAUCAAAUCUCAAGCAACCCCAGACCCGAAUGGCAACAACGACUCAGGGUACGCGCCUUCCAACCUUGAGGACACCAUCAGGGAACACGUGUCACCUCCAGGGUCACCAGGCAUGAAAGACGCCACAGUGCUGAAGAACAUGGCAUGCGAUGGAUCCAAGUGGAAGAAGAAUGGGAAGACUUCUUCUAAGUUAACUACAGAUUCGAGGAACGUGUCACUAGCACUCCGGUCAGAAGAAGAUGUCACAGCCAGCCAGUUCGACCUUCGAGACGGUUCCAGCUCCAAAAAAGAAAGAAAAGCAAGCGCAGCAACUGCUCGCUUCACCAUAUACAAAGCAAACAAAGCCAGCAAGAAGAAAAGAGAGAAAUCUUCUGCGAAGAAAGAAAGGAAGGCUACUAAGACAUUGGCAAUAGUUUUAGGUGUGUUCCUCUUCUGCUGGGCGCCAUUCUUCACGUGUUCAGUCCUCGGCGCCAUCUGCGACAAGAUUGGCCUCUCCUUUGACCCUGGAGUGACGGUGUUCAUCCUGACCACGUGGCUGGGCUACAUCAACUCGUUCCUCAACCCCGUCAUCUACACCAUCUUCAACCCUGAAUUCAGGAAGGCGUUCAGGAAAAUACUCCAUUGCGGCACCUAGCCCGCAGACUAUUUGGUCGUCUUCACUCAGUAGAUCUCGCUUUGUUAGAAAGAUUUUUGGAUACAAAUUAUUGUUUUGGAAAGAUGACAAAGAAUAUGUCCUUCAGUUUCAAAGCAGGUGGGCUGGAAACUCUUAUAUUUUCAAAUGUGACUUCGGAUCUGUGUCUAUCUUUAACUCACCAAAAAACAGAAGAAUUUCUUAAAACUACCUGCUUGUGAACUGCUGAUCCUAUGUGCCAAAGGCAACUUAAGUAACGUGUAUCAAAAAAUCUUCGACAAAUGUUUACUCUUCUCUUACAAUAAAUAUAUUUGAGAGAUCUACUGGACGACCAAAUUGUACAAAGUACAUUCGCAUACAAUGGUGUUUAUACUUAAUGUGAUAAACCAAUAAAUGUGUCGUGUGUUAGUCGUAGCAACAUAGCAUAUCAAAAUGUAUUUAAAAAGUAAUUUAUAAAGUUGAAACUUAUUGUAAAAAUGUAUCGGUAUUGUAUAGCUUGCUUACAGCUCACGGUUUUCUAGUCAUCAGUAUUAUAUGCCAAAGAUAUUAGACGCGAUAUUACUAAGCUUUAGUUAUUUUAAGGUUGUGAUUAUUUUAAUUUUCAAUUUUAUCGUUAAUCGUUUUUCUUCAUAGCAUAAUGUACAGUCGACAAGAAAUUCUUAGUAUUAUUAAAAUAAUAAUUAAAAUCAACUGUAACUAUAGCACAAAGAAGACAAUGUAGUGAAAUAAUUAAGAAACCAAAGAUUUAUUUUGAACUCAUUAAUGUGAAUAUUGUGUAUAAUAAUGCGUAAAUCUUUGUUAUUGUUUGAGUGAAAUCGCUCGAAAAAUGUUUAUGUAGAAGUUAAUUGUAAGUGUAAAAUUCUGUUUUUGAAUACUCAGAAGUUUUCGCAGCGUUAUUUUUUCUCUUGCCUUUUUCCGUCCACGCGUUUCUCCCAAUAUCUCACCCUUCCUAGUUACUUAGUUCUAAUAGAUAAUAUAAUAAAUAGAUAAAGUUAGCUGUACGAAUGACAACGUCGAUGGAAGACAAUGCACUGCGAGAUUUGACAAGGUAGUUUGUAAAUAACUUGCCAAAUAAUAUAUAUGAAAAUGUUAGUAAAAAUUUACUACACAAAUAGUGAUGGUUGAGUCAGAAAUGUUGCGAACCUUUAUAAAAAUUUGCAAGCCUUGAUAAAACCAAAAGUAUGUGAGCAAGUAUCUACUAGUUUCACUUUGACAGAAAGUACAGUCUGCGACAAAAUUAUUGUAAAAAUUUGUCAUGUCAUUGUCAUAAAAAAAUGUCAUAUGAUAAACGGGCUACUAGAGUUAUUAAACUAAAGUUUUUUUUUUAAUAAAGUGUAUUGAACUUCUUACUCAAUUAUCACUUGUUUGUACAAUAUUUAACUCGAUAUAUCAUAUCAAAAAAAUGUUUUCUAGUUUAUAACUAGGUGAUUAUUUUGUAGGAUAAAUAUUAAAACAAAUAUGAAUGAAAUGUACGUGGCAAUCAAUGAUCUUCCAAAACAAAGUAUUAAUCAAAUGCUUUUAUUUUUAAUAAUUUAAU